AUGACACAAACUUGGGCUGAAUUAUUACGUGUUGCUGAUAAAAAUAGUCGAUCUGCUGCUCAAGAACUUGAAGAACAACGUCGAAAACGUGAAAAAUUAAAUCAACAAGCUGAUAAAUCUCGACCAGUUAAUGAUGCAGCAAUUAAAAUGAUUCUUGAACGACGACGUCAAGCACAAGAACAAGAAAAAUUAGCUGAAGAACAACGUUUAAAAAGAGCUAAUGAAUUAAAAAAACAACAAAAAGCAAUACUUCAAUCAAAAACACAACAACAACAACAAAAACUUACACAACCAAAACCAUCUAUCAAUGCACCUAUUAAACCAUCAAAUGAUGUUAAAAAAGAUGCACCAAUUGUUUCUUUUGAUGAUCUUAUGCGUUAUGCAUCACUCAAAGCUAAUAAACAACCAAUACCAAAAGAAUUAGCUCAUGUUGUUAAAUCACUUCGUACAAAUAACUCACAAAAAUCAUCAUCCAAUUCUAUUAAUUCAACAUCAUCGAAAAAUAUUGUUUCUACAUCUAAAUCAUUACAAACUAUAACUAAUCGUAAAAAUCCUAUAUCUUCAAAAACAACAACAACAACAACAGUAACAAAAACCAGUACAGCAACUAAACCAUCUAUAACAUCAAAAUCUAAUAAAAAUCAACCAAAAUCGAAUACAUUAAGUUCAUCAUCGAACAAUAUAAAACCAUCGAUCAAGCCUACAUCAUCAACAAAUGUACAAAAACCAAUACAAAAUCAAACAGUGAAUGGACAAAAAAAUACACAAAAUCAAAUGUUCAAAGUACAAAGACUGCCAACAAAUGGUCAACGACCAACAUCAUCAAACCAAACAACAAAUGGCCAAAGACCAAUACCUUCCAAUCAAAUAACAAAUAGCCAAAGACCAAAACUACCAACUCAGAUGACAAAUGGUCAAAGAUCAAGAUUACCAAAUCCAACAGUAAAUGGACAAAGACUAAUACCACCAAAACGAAUGAUGAAUGGACAAAGACCACCAAUGUUACCAUCUCGAAAACGUCCUAUUCUCGAUACGGAUGAUGAAGAAGAUGAUGAAGACAUGCGUGAUUUUAUUGUGGAUGAUGACAAUGAUGAAUCUGAUUAUGAAAGAGAACUUCAAGAAACUUUAAAGAAAAAUUUUGGUUUUGAUAAAAAUAAAUAUCAUGGAAGAUUUUUACUUGAUGAUGAUGAUGAAGAUGAUUUAAGAAAUAUGGAAUCAUCAUUUGAUCGAAUAGAAAAAGAAGAAGAAUACAGUCGACGACAAGGUCUUCAAGAAGAUAUUGAAGAUAUUUUACGUGAAGAAGCUGAAAAAAAGAGACGUGCACAAAUAAAAAAACGUCCUAAAACAGCUGCAUAA